AUGAAGUUCCUUUCAACCGUCGCCGUGGCGCUCGCCUCGAUGUCUGCUACCGUCAUGGGAAGCAAAUAUCCUUACGAAAGACUCGACAAAGAGAAGGCUCUUCUCCUCGUCGUCGAUCUCCAAGAUGGCCUUUACAACGCUGUCCGGGACUUUGAACCUGUUACCUACAAGGAGAGCAUCAUCGCACAUGCCGCCAUCGGAAAGCUGUUUGAUCUGCCAGUUAUCUUGACUACUUCCGCAGAGCAGGGACCCAACGGACCCCUGCCAAAGGAGAUUACUAGCAUGUACCCCAACGCAACUUUCAUCAAGAGACAGGGUGAAGUUGAUGCCUGGGACAACAAGGACUUCCGCGCUGCUGUCAAGGCUACCAACAAGACUCAAAUCAUCUUGGCCGGAAUUGUUACCGAUGUCUGCACGACUCAUCUCGCUUUGUCUCUUCGAGACGAGGGCUACUCUGUGUGGGCCAAUGCUGAGGCCUCUGGUAGCUCUUCUGCCUUUGUCCGCGAGAUCUCCAACGACAGAAUGCGACACGCAGGCGUCCAAGUCGUCAGCCUGUUCUCUCUCGUCUGCGACCUCAUGAGGGAUUGGCGAAACGUCCCUGGUGCCGCAGAGGUGCUUCCCUACCUUGACAAGUACUUCCCCGUCUACGGCAUGGUUGCUCGGGCUCACGCCGCUGCCAAGCUUGACGGUGUUAUCCAGCCUGGCGAAGCCGGUCUCAUCUAA